AUGGACAUUAACCAAACACAUAGAUACUAUUUUGAAAAAUAUCCAAAAGAAGGAGAAGUCGUUAUUGGGCGAAUCAAGAGCUUUGAAGACAUAGGAGCAUACAUCACGCUUCCUGAGUACAAUGACAUAGAGGGACUGAUUAUAUACAGCGAGCUGACAAAGAAAAGAACCCGGAACAUACAGAAGCUAAUAAAGGUGGGCGCACUGGAGGGCUUUCUCGUUUUGAAAGUAGAUAAGGAAAAGGGAUACAUUGAUCUGAGCAAAAAAAGAGCACAGUACGAAGACAAGGUAGAGGCUUUUGAAAGAUACUACAAGGGAAAGAUAGCACACAACUUCAUGCAGAGCAUAGCUGUAAAGUGCGACUGUUCCCUGGACACUUUGUACGCCAAGUUUGGAUGGGAGGCCGAGAAAGAGUUUGGCUCUCUCUACAAGUGCUUUAGAGAAGUUCUUAUGGGGGAGCAUUUGCUGCAGAACAAGCUGGAGCACAACGAGUUUAUCACAGAUUCUCUGCUAGACGUGAUCGAAGACCUUGUGAAACAGAAGUUUGUGGUUCCAAAGGUAAAGGUCAGAGCAGACGCAGAGACAAAGUGCAACAAGGGAAACGGCGUUCUUGUCAUAAAGGCUAUUUUGAUGAAAAUAGAAAAAGAGUAUCCAGAUGUGGACGUGUCUCUUAUAUCCUCACCUGUCUUUUCGUUUUCUCUUAUGUGCGAAGAUGGCGAAAGCGGAGCAAAAGUACUAGACGAUCUCCUGGUGAAGCUCGAGAAAAGAGUGGUGCAAGACCAGGGAGAGUACAAGCUUGUCAUGGAGCCCUCUGUAUUUGGCCCUAAGCCGCAGUUUGACGAAGAAGACGACGAUUCAGACGAUGCAUCAUCAUCCACAGAUUCGAGCUAG